UAAAAAAUGUACUUUUAACUGCUAGGAAAUAUUAUAAUUGUCUUAAUAUGGAAGGUAUGCAACUUGAAAAUGAAGGAGGAGCUGGCUCUCUAGAUUCUCAUUUGGAAUAAAUACUUGUUUAAAACGAAAUGAUGAUGUCUAGUGAUGUAAUUACGGAUGCUUAAUUAUCAGUUCAUACGAUUGCUUUAUUAAGAGAUACUGGUUAUUUUACUGAAGUAAAUGAAAGCAUGGCUGAUAACCUUUAUUGGGGUAAAGGAAAAGGAUGUUAAUUUGUAAUGGAAGGAUGCUAUACUAAACAAAAAUUUAAUGAGUUCCCAUCAGAACAUAAAAUUUAAUGUUCUUUCGAAAAUGAUGGAUAUGGUGAACCUACUACUACUCCUUUCUUAGAUAAUUGUAUGAUGAAAAGUGUUUAUGGCAAUAAAUUGUUUACUUCUUUUAAAUAAUGAUUUUUAUAUGUAUUUACAAACUUAUGGAAUUAAUAGUAAAUGCAUUGUCUCAA